UUUACCAUUAAAUUUUGGUGUACGUGUAAUUUUUUUAUUUGAUAAUAGUUUGUCAUGGUUAGAUUAGUGGUUACUUUCUAUAACAGAAAUUAUAUGAUAUAUUACGUGUCUGUUGUCGUCGUAUAACGUCGACAUAAUUUAGUUUAGCUUAAGUUUUAUUAGAGCCGACCGCCGACUGCCGAACAGGGUCCAAAGUAAAGGCUAAUAUAGGAUAAAAUUUAAGGACAUUUCAGAAACAAGCCAAUAUGGUUAAACUAAAGAGUGAAGUUCGUUUUAUUUUCUACGCGAGUUCCAUAUUUGUAUGUUAUUUCGUAUUUGGUAUGUUACAAGAGAAAAUAACGAGAGGAAAGUAUGGUGCCAAUGACAAAUAUACAUGCUCGCUCACCCUCGUAUUAAUUCAAUGUGUGGUGAACUACAUAUUCGCCCAAAUAUUAAUGCUGUCAUGGAAGCACGAAAAAGAUACCACAAGGAAAAUUUAUUACUUUACCUCUGCUCUGACCUACUUAUUAGCAAUGGUGUGUUCAGUAAUGGCACUGCAAUGGAUUAAUUAUCCCACUCAGGUUGUUGGCAAAGCUGCAAAACCCAUCCCUGUGAUGAUCCUGGGUGUUCUAAUAGGACGCAAAGUGUAUCCACUGAAAAAGUAUCUAUUCGUUUUUCUGAUAGUUGUUGGAAUUGUUAUGUUUAUGUACAAGGACCAAGGGAAGAAAUUAAAUGAUGGUUCACAGGGAAUGGGCAUUGGAGAGGUCUUAUUGCUUUUGUCUUUAACUAUGGAUGGCUUAACAGGAGCAGUUCAGGAGAGAAUAAAGAGUGAAUCUUCACCUACAGCGUAUUCUAUGAUGCUUAACACAAAUUGGUGGUCAUCAAUAAUUAUUACUGUUGGCGUUAUAUUAAGUGGCGAAAUUUCUGAAUUUUGCACUUUUGUGAGCAAGUAUCCCGAAGUUCUAAUUUACAUAGCAAGCUUCGCGCUCACAGGGGCUCUUGGACAGCUUUUCAUAUUUUAUAUGGUAGCAGAGUUUGGUCCGCUACCUUGCGCAGUCGUAACAACGACCAGGAAGUUUUUCACCGUUCUGGCGUCAGUUGUUAUAUUUGGAAACAUUUUACUAGCACGGCAAUGGUUAGGGGCCAUUUUAGUAUUUUCCGGCCUAUUCUUAGACAUCUUCUAUAGCAAAGGAAAAGUUCAGCCAGCAAAAAAAGUACAAGAUAAAUGACUUACCGAAAACGUGGACGUAGUUUAAUUAGUAUAAUAGGAUUGAAAUAAAAUAUAAACUGUCUUCCGUGUGAUAUGCACUUGUAAUAGUUAACGCAUUUUGUCUGGUUGGACGCUUUGGCCGAGGCUAGUUACCACUCAACGGACAAAGGACACGUGUACAAGCCAAAAACAGAAACAGGUUUCAUAAAUAUAUGCUAUAGCCAUAAGAAAUAAGCCCACGACCAUCUUAGAGGACAAUAAUGAUGCAGUAUCAUUAUUUACCGCCAGGAGGUCUAGCACAAUCAAGAGACAUAAAUUAUAUGCAAAAUUCAAAAAUUCAAAAUUCAAAAUUCAUUUAUUUCAAGUAGGCCUAAUAUAAGCACUUUUGAAACGUCAAGUCUGUCUGUGUCUAGUGACUCUA